AUGGUUAGGCCUAAGAAGAGGCGAACCGACCUUGUCGUGCCCGCAUCGAUCAAAGUUCAUUGGGACAAGGGCCACUAUGAGAAGAACUCAAUGGCUGAUGUAUUGCUCCACCACAACGGCGAUAAGAACAAAUUCAUCGCCACGGUCGAGACCAUGAUCGAGAAGACCAACAAGGUCGAGUUGGUAAAGGACUGUGGGUGGUAUAGCGAAAGCGAAAUGAAGUCAGAGCUGGGAUGGUCAGCGUCCCGUGUCUCCGGUGCAAUCAAGAAGUGCCAGCAGGAUCCGGCCAACCUGAUCAGGUCCAACGAAUACGACAAUGUCCUGGAAUACUGGAUCGUGGUGCGAGAAACAGGAAAGGAGACCCAGGCGAUCACGCAGCGCGAGACCGAACGUAAAGUUCAAGAGGCAACGGACGCCCCCACCAUCGACGCCCACUCGUUCGACAAGGUGAAGGCCUUCAAGGAGCGAUCCGAUGCACAAACGGCCGUGUACCAGCGCUUCCAAGAAUCCUUGCUGAACAAGUGCACCAAACUGCGAUCGCUCGUGAAAGACUUACGAGACAACUACGGGCCGGAUGCAAAGACGUCUAUCGCUCAGCUUGAAUCCCACAUCGCAAAGUUGGAGAGUGAGUACCGUGGCCUCUCCGAUGAUCUCACGAAAGCCGAAGCCGACUCGAAUGCCAAGAAGUUCUUCGCACGCAGCGCCAAGGACAAGGAGAAGCAGAGCGAUGGGCCGAAGACCGACUUCGAGUCAAGAGAACCACGAUGGAGACGCACGAUGAACACCGAGGACCCGUUCGACCGAAGCCCCCACCUGUUCCGCUUGCCGUUUGAUCCUGAUGAUAAGAUGUCUCUGGUUGGACAAGACCUCUUCCACGGCUGGCACUUGGGGGCCGGCAAAACCUUCAUGGCAUCAGCUCUGGCAUUGUUUUCGGCCGAAUGGCCGGGCCGUUCUCUCGAGGCUAGAUUCGAUGCUAUGGUGGCCAACUUUUUCCAAUGGUGCAAAGACAACCGCCAACAGGCAUACAUUCGGAAGCUCACUCGCGACACAAUAAAUUGGAAGCUCAGCACGGAUUUUCCUACUGGAGGCUGGUCAAAAGGAUCAACAACACUGGUUCUCAUGAGAUGGUUUAUUUCAGCCUGCCGGGAAUGCGCCACAAGCAUUGCAGAGGGCUCGCUGUUGCGGGUGUGCUUCAAUGCUGCGCUGAACAUGAAUCUGUUCCUCUCAAAGCUCUACCGGGAGCAGGUGUGGAUUGAAUCUUCCAGAGCCACAGAAAUCGCUGAUCACGGUUUCAAGUUUCUCCACUACAAUGCAUUGUGUGCCAAGCAAGCAUUUGACGAGAACAAGGCAUUGUUAACGAUUCUACGGACGAUACAGCGCGCUUUGCUAUCGGGGCACGCGCAAUUUGUCCGAGCUGGUUGGCUCCUACCAGACAAG